UUACAAUUAUCGAAAAGAGCAAAAUAUUGACUUAUUAUUAGACGUGAAGUGCGAUCUUAGAACCGGAGAACUGACGACGCCCCAUGCUAAUUGCAGGGUUUUUAUACUAGCAAAAUCAUCCUUCAGUGGGAGAAAAUGAGCAAAGAUCAUGUCCUGAUCGAAUUAUAAUUUUAGAAUCACGAAGACAAUUUCUUGGAUCUUAUAGAUAUAGGUCGCUGGUCGGCAUAUGCAUCUACAGUCUUUUCUAUAGGGGUAUUGUAUUGCAACGCGAGGCGAAAGCUACCCUGUGGUCACGUAGCAUAAGCUUAUGUGCUUGCGCCUCGCGAUGCAAUAUAUGAGUCAUAUAUUGACUUCAGUUGCGGAUGCUACAAUUUUCUAUUGGUAAUGGUGUGAAAAUCAUAUCAAGUGGCAUAGUAUAGCUGUAAGAAGACUAAACAUUUAGGUCUCUUACUACCAAGAGUAUUAUUAAAUGUACAUGCGACUUGAUAUGAUGUAAACACAUCGGUAGAUAUUAGCCUAUGCAACUGCAUAAGACUCAUCGUGAGAAAGGAAUUGAACAAAGAAUCCUUUAUUUCAAACUAAAAUGCUUCCAAAACGACUCGUAGUAAACAUGAUUGCUUGCAAAUAUUAACAGAAGGAAUGGGUGAGAACAAUGAAUUUUCUUAUAUACACCCUCCUUCUACUAAUAUUUGAUAAUUUAUAUUAUUUUAUGUAUAUACGUGUUCUUUAUACUUUUAAGAAAAGAUUUUUGUUACGGGAUGUAACAGUCCUCCCUCCUUAAAAGUGUUCAUUGUCCCAAAUGAACUUAAUAUCUAUGAAUUGUGAGCUUGAUUUUUAUCAAUUUCGUACUCUUUCAUUCAUCUCAUACUCAUACAUUGUAGUAAAGGCAUUUAAUCGAAACUACGUUUUGUUUAUAAAAGUGAGGACUUUGCUUACUAUAAAGGAGGUACGUGCUUACUCUCGAUUAUGUGUUUAUAGUGUAUGGUGUGAUGUGAUUUGUGUUAUCAGUUGCGCCUUAGGAGCAGUGAUCUCGUAAGUAUUAUUUCGUCUUCUUCAUACGUUCAUUGACUUCUAAUACGUGCAAAAUUCCUUCAUCAUUUGUUUUUAUUAAUGGGUUCUCUUCUCUUGAGUGACAUAGUGGGGAUCAAAUCUUCAUUAGUAAUCGAACUGCAACCAUGGAAAGUGGACGAUCCUCUGCUGAUACUUGGCAAUAUGACGACUUUUUAGCAGGAAGAAUUCCACCUCAAUGUCCAACUAAAUUAGGCCAAUUUUUGGACAAAAUCCUGCUGAUUUCAGUAGAUUUAGGCCACAGCUUGGGAGUGUGGCAAGCACUGAGAGAUUUGUGUCAAAAUAUGGAGCAGGCGAAUCGGAAAAAGGGUCGUCCUAGUCGAAAAGAGUUGGAGCAAAGGAAUCGGACGACUCAGUUCGAUGAAGUUACUAAAGAAAUCCUCAGCGUCAAUGCAGAGUUGGCGGAUGUAAUUUCAUUGAUAACUUGUCCAGAUCGUCUUUCAAAUUGUUGGUGUGGAAAGUGCCGACUUGGUGAACGAGAAAUUCCUGAUGAAGUAGCAGAUAUUGCGGCGAUACCUGGCCCCAGUACUGCUACCGAUAUGCAGGAAUUUUUUUAAGUCGAAGUGAAAGACGAGCCAAUAGACGAGCUUCCACAAUUUUUUCAAGUUUUUGUGGAGGAUUUUGAAGAGAAUUUUUUCGUGGAGGAAGAAGACCCUCUUCAAAUAGACUGUUAGUUUAAGUGUUUAGUGUUUGUGAUUAUCUUUUAGUCUUUUUUUUUUUUAAAUUGUGAUGUGAAAUGGUAUAUGUGUGAGUGGUUUUUUGUGUAGCGUAAAUGUGCGAGUGUUUGUUGAAUAAACGAGUUAGUUUUUUAUAAUUUUUUAAAUUCUGUUUUUUUUUAACUCCUUUUUUCUGCUCCAUCCUUACUAAUUUUUAACAAUUAUUAUUAAAAUUUUCU